AUGGUUCAAAUGCCACAAAAAUUUAACGUGCAGCUAGCUACAUAUAUAUCUACGACUACUUCACUGCCGGGCUCAGUCCGGAGCAGCGAUAUAUUUGGUCUUGGAGGCGUAGGCACUAAUAUAUUACCUCCCCACCAAUCGACAACGUUCUUUGGGGUUUUAAAAGAGCGGUUUGGACUCUAUUUGCUGUCCAUACAAUACUCAAGGAACACCGCCGUGGUCGCCUUGAUUCCAAGUGAUUCCAAGUCAAAAAGACUUAGUCAAGACACGUAG